AUGGGACUACACAUCGAACAUCACAACAGAGCAGGGAACACCCAGCAAGACGAAAAGCACGAAUGUGGGAUGGGACCAAACAUCGAACAUCACAAUAGAGCAGGGAACACCCAGCAAGACGAAAAGCACGAAUGUGGGAUGGGACCAAACAUCGAACAUCACAAUAGAGCAGGGAACACCCAGCAAGACGAAAAGCACGAAUGUGGGAUGGGACCACACAUCGAACAUCACAACAGAGCAGGGAACACCCAGCAUGACGAAAAGCAUGACUGUAUGGUGGGACUGCACAUCAAAUACGUGUAUCACAACAGAGCAGGGAACGCCCAGCACGACGAGAAACAUGACUGUAUGGUGGUACUGCACACCAAAUAUCACAACAGAGCAGGGAACACUCAGCACGACGAAAACCACGAAUGUGCGAUGGGACUACACAUCGAACAUCACAACAGAACAGGGAACACCCAGCAAGACGAAAAGCAUGAAUGUAUGUAUGGUGGGACUACACAUCAGACAUCACAACACAGCAGGGAACACCCAGAACGACAGAAAGCACGAAUGUGUUAG